GAGAGAGAGAGGGAGGCAGGACGAGCUGCAGGGUAGGAGGUAGGACCAGGGAGAGACGGCCACAGAUAGGAACUGCUGCCCAGACCAGCCGCUCGCAGAGAGAGAGCGAGAAGGAGAGAGAGAGAGAUCCACACAGACCCAACAUGGCCGCCGCCCCAGCCCACCUCCUCUGGGUUCUGAGUGUCGUCUGGUGUCCAGCGAACGCAUUCACACUGCAAGGCCAACAGAACACCCUGCUAAAGGCCUGUGGUUCAGGGUUCUUCCUCAGUGAACAGCUCACAUGUUUACCCUGCAACUGUAAAGGACACGCAGACUACUGCCAAGAUGUUACCGGAAUAUGUUCUGACUGCAGGGACCACAGUACUGGGGACUUCUGUGAGAUGUGUGAGGAUGGAUACAUGCUUGCUCCGAGUCUCCAUGGUAACCACGUGUGUCGGCCGUGUGCGUGUCCGCUGGCCCUCCCCACAAACAACUUUGCGUCGCGCUGCGACCGAGGAGCCUCCGUGGUGCGCUGUAAAUGUCAGGAGGGAUACGCCGGACACUUCUGUGAGAGAUGUUCUCCUGGUUACUACGGCAACCCCAUGGUGGUGGGCGACAGCUGCAAGCGGUGCGACUGCAACGGCAACUCGGACCCCAACCUGAUCGUGAAUGAAUGCCACAACGUGACGGGCCGCUGCCUCACCUGCUGGGACAACACCGCCGGGGACAACUGUGAGCGCUGCGCACCUGGUUACCACGGCGACGCCAUCAGCGCCAAGGACUGCAGAGUGUGUGGGUGCAGUGCGUGCGGGACGGCGUCGUGUGACGACAGGACGGGGGUGUGCCACUGCAAGCCGGGGGUCACGGGGUCACUCUGCGACCGCUGCGAGGAGGGCUACUCGGGGUUCACUUCCUGCCAGGGCUGCCGGCGCUGUGAGUGUGGCUCCGCCUCCGCGCGGCCGUCCUGCCACCCCCUCACCCUCAGCUGCCCCUGCCUCCCGGGGGCGGGCGGGCGCUACUGCGACCGCUGCCUCCACGGCCACUGGGGCUACAGCUCCGCCGGCUGCAAGAAAUGCCUGUGUGAGACGGGCCACUGUGACGUCCACACCGGGGAGUGUCUCCCCGAAGCAUCCACCGUCAGCCUCUGCAACAUCAGCUGUGAUGAGUGUAUCUGGCAUCUGAUUGGUGACAUGAAGGCGUCCAAUCAGACUCUGGAUCAGAUGAUGGUCAGCGUGUUGAACAUUUCCACCGGGGCUGCGGCCAACGACCGCCUCAAGUAUUACAACUACACUGCUCACAGGCUACAGGGUCAGUUCGUGGGCUGGAGGAACAAGUCUUCUGAGAUGCGGGAGCAGACGGGCCGUCUGGCCGAGGCUGCGGAGGCGGUGGCGACCGACGUGCAGGAGCUCACAGACACGGAGGUGGUGUUGAAGGCUCUUAGCGAGCGUCUGGGUGAAUCCACGUUGAGGAGCUUCCUGCUGGCCGAGCAGCUGAGCUCCAACCUCACCUCCCUCAACGUCCUCAUCGAAGAGAUGGUCCAGGACUGGGAGCUGUACAGCGUCCAGGAGGAGCUGGACCCAGAGACCAAGCUGGGGGACACCAGGGAGUCCCAGGAGACCUUGGCCUGGAUGCGGAACCUGGACCUGGCCCCCCGGGAGCCCGACGCCACCGACGAGUCCACAGAGGCCCACGACCUGCUGCGGCGGGUCCGGCAGCUGGAGAAGAAGCUGGUGAGCACGGCGGGCCGCGUGGAGCCCGCCCGGGAGAUCCUGUCCCGCUUCGGCUCCAAGCUGACCCAGACGCAGGGCCUGCUGGAGGCCAGCGGCCUGCAGGUCGCCGCCGCCCAGGCCCAGGACCUGGCCAGCACCCUGAGGGCCCAGCGCAGCCAGGUGAAGCAGCAGAAGCUGACGGAGGAGCACGCCUCCGUCAGCUCCACCCUGCAGGAGGUCAGGGCGGAGCUGAACGACACAGGGCGUCACGUAGAGGAGUUGGAGACCAUGGUCCAGAGUGUGGGUCAGUACUACGCGGAGGUGGACGGGGGCCAGGCGGAGCUGCUGGUGCGUAUGGAGGCCCUGUCCCUGGUGGACCCCGGGCUGGUGCAGAGCGCCGUGGACGCUGCCGGGGAGCUGGAGCUGCAGGCGGACACCUUAGAGGAGGACCUGAAGCGCAGUGAUGCCAACGGGUUCGUCCAGCGGGCGGUCAGCGCGGCCAACGUCUACAACAACAUUGUGAAGUACAUCGACGACGCCAACGACACCGCCGUCACCACACAGAGCCUCUCGGAGCGGGCCGGAGACGCUAUCGCUGGGAUGGUCACACAGCUGGACUUCGUGGUGACUCAGAGUGGCAACGUCUUCAAGCAGUCGGUGACGCUGCACUCAGAGCAGAUCGAUUUGGAAGCCGAGGUGCUGGACAAACAGAAGUAUAUCGAGGAGACCAAGGAGACGAUGGAUCAGAACUCAAGAAAACUAGCGGAGAUCACGAAGAACAUCAACGACAUUCACGGUGACAGGACCCCCAGGAGGCUGGAGUUCUCCCAGGAGGUGGCCGAGGCCACCAGGAACCGGUCCCUGGAGGUUCUGCAGGAGAUGGAGCCCAUCACGGAGCAGGUGGAGCAGUGGGCCCAGAACAUGAGGGACAACCAGUACUCCACCCAGGACUACGAGAGCGCUGUGUCCUCCGCCGGGGAAGCAGUGGAGAGCCUCCACCUUCUGGUCCCAGCGCUGCUGGAGAAGCUGAAGGUGGUGGAGCAGAAGAAGCCGGUGAACAACGUGACCACCAACAUCCUGAGGAUCCGGGAGCUCAUCGCCCAGGCCCGCAGCGUGGCCAAGAAGGUCCAGGUGUCCAUGAAGUUUGACGGGCAGUCUUCGGUGGAGGUGCAGCCCCACUCCAACCUGGAGGAGCUGAAGACCUCCACCUCCAUCAGCCUGUUCAUCAGGGUGGACCCCGACAAGGACCCCAUCGAGGACCGCUUCGUGCUCUACCUCGGAGACCGGAGCGGCAAGAAGGACUACGUGGGCCUGGCCAUCAAGAACGACAACCUGGUGUACGUGUACAACCUGGGGGGGGAAGACGUGGAGAUCCCCCUCAGCACCAAGCCCGUCAGCCAGUGGCCGCCCGUCUUCAACUACGUCAAAGUGGAGAGGCUGGGCCGCCACGGGAAGGUGUUCCUGACCAUCCCCAGCCAGACCACCUCGGACGAGCAGAAGUUCAUCCAGAAGGGGGCGUCCCUGGGCACCGACUCCCUGUUCGACAUCGACCCCAAGGACAUCGUCUUCUUUGUGGGCGGAGUGCCUCCUGACGUCACGCUCCCGCCCCCCCUCAGCCUGGCACCCUUCGUGGGCUGCAUCGAGUUGGGCUCGCUCAACAACGACGUCAUCAGCCUGUACAACUUCAAAGAGACGCACAUGGUGGACGUGAUCGCAACACCCCCCUGUCCCAGGUAUAAGCUGGCCUUCUCCCAGAGUCGUAUCUCCAGCUACCUGUUCGACGGGACGGGCUUCGCUCUCAUCAACAACAUGGAGCGCCGGGGGAAGUUCGGCGUGGUGACGCGGUUUGACAUCGCCGUGAGGACGGUGGCCAACGACGGCCUCCUGCUGCUCAUGGUCAAAGAGGCUAAUUUCUUCAUUCUGGAGCUGAAGAACGGGUACCUCCGUCUAGAGUACGACUUCGGCUUCGACAACGGGCCGCAUCGCAUCGAGAACCACAUUCCAUUACUCAAGAUCAACGACGCCCGCUACCAUGAGGUGUCAGUGAUCUACCACCAGUCCAAGAAGGUUAUCCUGCUGGUGGACAAAAGCUACGUCAAAUCGGUGGAGAACCCCCAUAAGAUAACGCUGCCCUUCUCCGACAUCUACAUAGGAGGUGCUCCCUCUCAGGUCCUCAGCGCCAGGCCGGAGCUCAGUAAGGUGGUGGGCCUGAGGGGAUGUGUGAAGAACUUCCAGUUCCAGAAGAAGGACUUCAACCUCCUGGAGGAACCGGGGACCAUCGGCAUCAGCAACGGCUGUCCGGAGGAGGCUUUCAUGUCCCGUAGAGCGUACUUCGCGGGCCAGGGGUACCUGGGCUCAACGGCCAAGAUCUCUCCCUUCGACUCCUUCGAGGGCGGCCUUAACUUCAGAACCCUCAACCCCAGCGGCCUGCUGUUCUACCACAACGAGGGGAAGGAGGAGUUCAGCAUCGCCCUGGACAACGGCAUGGUGGUCCUGAACGCCAAGGGAACCAAAGUCAAGUCCCACAAGAAACAUUACAACGACGGCAGGACUCACUUCCUGGUGGCGACGCUCAGCCAAAACAAGUACCUCCUGGUGGUGGACGAUAAAGACAAGCAGGAGAAGAAGAGGCCGUCCUCGGCUGCCGUGUCGGGUUCCUCGUUGAGUUCCUCGCUCAGGAGCUUCUACCUCGGCGGAUCUCCUACCAGCAGCCUCAAGAACUUCACCGGCUGCAUCAGCCAUGCCUACAUCAACAGACAGGACCGUGACAUCGAGGCGGAGGACUUCCAGCGCUACGCGGAGAAGGUCAACGCCUCCCUGCAGGACUGUCCAAUUGAACGCCCCCCAGCCGCCCUGCUGACCCCAGGCUCCGCCCGCAAGCCCAAACCCAGCCAAUCAAAGAAGGUGGCGCGAGACGGCUCCAGCCAGAGGGAUGAGGACCUGGGAGAGGCCUCCUGCCACCUGCCCUCCAGGCCCCGCGCCGUGCGACAGGCCUUCCGCUACGGAGGCUCCGCCCACAGCCGCCAGGAGUACCACCUGCCCCAGCCCCUCGCCAACAGGUCCCACUUCUCCCUGUCCCUGAGGACGGAGGCGCCGGCGGGGCUGCUGUUCUACGUGGCGGACCAGGCGGGGGAGGACUUCAUGGCUCUGGUCCUAGACCAGGGCCAGCUGGUGUUCAGCUUCAGGUCCACGGCGCACCGCGUCCAGAUCCGCAGCCAGGGGGCCUACAACGACGGGGGCUGGCACAGCGUGAUCUGUAUCCGAGACGGUAACGCGGGUCAGCUGAUCAUCGAUGACCUCACAGGGCAGGAAGAGCGGGCACCUGGGGUCGACCAAUCGUGGCGCGUCCAGAGCCCUUUGUAUGUGGGCGGGGCCCCACUAGGACACGCCCAAAAGAAUAUCCAGUCUCUCAGGAGCCUGUCCGGUUGUGUUCGGCGCCUCAUGCUGGAUGGGCGCCAGCUGUCCUCGGCCUCGGCGACCUUCGGGGCCACGCCCUGCUACGACGGCCCCCAGGAGCCCGGAACCUUCUUCUCCCAGGAGGGAGGAUACAUCGCCCUGGACGAGACGGCCGUCCUGGGCCGGCGGCUGGAGCUGUCCCUGGAGGUGCGCCCCCGUGUGGCCACCGGGGUGCUGGUGCACAUCCAGGCGGCCGAGGAGGAGUACAUGACCGUCUACCUUCACCAGGGAGCCGUGGUGGUCCUGGUGAAUGUGGGGGUCCGGCAGUUCCUGACAGAAGUGGCUCCCCGUGGCGGGCUGUGCACCGGGGCCUGGCACCGCAUCACCGUGAUCCGGGAUGCCAACGUGGUCCAGCUGGACGUGGACUCUGAGGUGGACCACACGGUGGGACCGCUGAACCUCGUCGCCAUGGAGAUGGAAUCCCCUGUGUUCAUUGGGGGGGCGCCAGAGGGUCUUGUCCCAGAGGGCGUGGCCACCAGGCGGCCGUACGCGGGCUGCAUGAGGAGCCUGUCCAUCAACAGCAGCCCUGUGAGCUUCAGCAAGGCUGCUCUGGUCAGCGGCGCCGUGGCCAUCGGCAGCUGCCCCACCGCCUAGGACUUCCUGUCCGACAGCAGGACUUCCUGUCCGACAGCAGGACUUCCUGUCCGACAGCACCCCCUCUAUACUUCCUUCUCAAUCCAUUACUACUACUGCUACUCCUCCUCUCCACUUCCUGUUCAGUCUUAUAGUACUUCCUCUAGAGCUCCUCACAACUUCCUAUUCACUCUUAUAGUACUUCCUCCUCAGUUCCUGCUCAAUCACUCUUAUAGUACUUGCUCUCAACUUCCGUCAGCUCUGACCAAUCCUCUUCCUCCUUCCAUUGAGACACAAUUAGCACAGCAUGAUGUUAGAAAAAUUUCAGGGCGAACAGGGAUGAUGUCAGUGAUGUCAGGGUGAUGUCAGGAUGAGGGGUGAUGAUGUCAGCAUGAUGUUAGGGCGAGGGGUGAUGAUGUCAUGAUGAUGUCAGCAUGAUGUCAGAAUGAGGGGUGAUGAUGUCAUGAUGUCAGCAUGAUGUCAGGGUGAGGGCUGAUGAUGUCAGCAUGAUGUCAGGAUGAGGGGUGAUGAUGUCAUCAUAAUGUCAGGGUGAGGGCUGAUGAUGUCAGCAUGAUGUCAGGGUGAGGGCUGAUGAUGUCAGCAUGAUGUCAGGGUGAGGGGUGAUGAUGUCGGAGUGAGGUCAGGGUGAUGUCAUGGUUCCCUUUCUUCAUCCUAUUUGUGUUCAUGUGUUUGUUGUUUUUCAAAUGGGGCAUGUCUCACAGCAACAGAAUACCUUCAGAAGAAUGUUUUACCAGCAGAAAGACGAGAAUGGUGUCGCAAUAAAUAAAAUAGUAUCAAUGUCAACUUAGUCUUACCCACCGAGGACAUCCCACCAGUGUGAUGAGGAACUCAUCCCAGAUGUGGGAUCUAGAACUCAUCCCACUCAUACAGAAAAUACACAUUAUUUUGUACACAACUGUGUUUUUCCAUUCUUUUUUCACUGUUUUCCCCGAUGAAUAAAUCAACUUUUACACACUUGUUGGAUUGCCUUUUAUUUAUUUCUGACUAAAUGUACCAAUUAAUAUACUCUAUUAUGCAUGCUUAGGGCUAUUUCAUCAUUUCAUAGUGUGCUUAUUUAUCGGGGAGACAUCAAAAUCAUAUAAGACAGCUUCCAUUGGAUAUU